AUGAACUUCAACGUGUGGGAAGAGAUUUCCACGAACACGGAGAAGUGAGGAGGAGCCUCAAGUGAAGUGGUACUCCACCGAGUAAGCCCAUCCGUCCGUUCAUCUCCCAUUUCGUCUCCCAGCUCGGGUCCCUUGAUUAUCCUCAGCUUCUGGUAAUGGCAGCUUGCUCAUCAGGUACGAAGAUCCCUAGGUUACGUUGUACUAGUCUUUUUUUCCUGGUUCACAGAGUUGUUCUGGAAGAAUUAUAUAUCACGCCAGUCUUUGAUGAAGCAAUUUUUAUUUUUUUGAAGAAAUUGUGAAAAAGAAUCAAUUUUUUUUAGCUUCAUUUGAAGAAAACUUCUUUCUGAAAAUCUUUUUUUUUUGAUUUAAUAAAAAACUUUCGUUAGACGAGAGAAAAACUUUUCUCGAAUAGGUUAUAAUGCGCUAAUUUCGUACAGCCUUUUUCUGAAAUGAGAAAAAAACUCUGGAACUUCUUUUUAAACGAAUAAUAAAUAAUAAAAAAAUCUUCUUUUUUUGAGUCAUGAGACGGGCCAAAGCUGGUCGUAUCCAAUAUGAAUGACCGACAAAAUAAGCAAAAAAAAAAACAGAAACCGAGGUUGUGACCAUGAGAAAAAAAGAAAAAUAUUUUUCCGCCGCACACAAAGUAACCAAAGAACUGAAUGUAUCGGGUUUCUUGGUCUUGAGAAAAUAACUAUGAAUAGACGGUCGGUGAACUAAAUUUAACCUUGUCUAGAAUUCUGAAAGUCUUGGUUUUCAUUUAAAAAAAGAAUUUUUGAGUUCGGGUUAUGAAGUACACGAGUCGGAAGAAGAAAAGGAGUAAUUACCGGCGAGAUUCACGGUUUCGAGUAGGAGGUCAAACACUAAGAUCCCGUGUCAGCUGCCACCCGCCGCAUUACAAAGAAAAUCCGUGAUCCCCGGGCUUCCCCACAAACAUUUCGUCUCUUCUCACUUUUUCAGAUUGUUCUUCUUUUUCUGAAUCAUUGGAAAUGUAGGAAAGUUCUCAGAAGAACUCUUUCCGCUCAAAAAAAUAUAAAUAGUUUUAUUUUUCGUAUUUUUUUAUGUCAAAAAAACAUUUUUCAUUUUAAUGAGAAAAAUUUCAAUAAGAUUGAAGAAAAUUUCAAUUAAAUUUUUUUGAAUGGUCUUUUUUUCUUUUUCCGGAAGCCCGCGUUUCAAAAACGGAUCAGGCUUGUCUGAAAAUGGGAAGAAUUGAAGAAAUCCCUUCAAAACAUCGUAUGUUCAAAUAUUCACAUAAAUUUUUUUGUCAAACACUUUUUUUGCUGAAAAUUUUUUUAAUUGGGAAUUGAGAAAAAAUUAUUGAAGAAAAAAUUCUUCUGACGAUAAAAUACUUCUACUUUUUUAAGUCUGAUAUUUUUUUCAAUCUCCUUUUUGAGUUUUUUUUUAAAGAAGUUUCUAAUUCAUCUCAUAGCCGAUUGAUUGGAAAAGACUGAUAGAUUAGGUGUAAUCACAGUUUUUCAUGUUCGUCUUCCAAUCGGACAAGCUUGCAGCGUCGGGCGUCGGCCAGGCCAUCUUCAAGUUCCGCGCGAUGGAGCACCAAGAAGCCGUAGCGAGUGCCGACGACGUCUACGCCAAGGGAUACACGCCGAAGAAGACGCAGAAGAACAGCGCCGAGUACGGAACCCCCAAGCCUGGAACUCUCACCGAGGCGCGUGCCAAGAAGGCUGGUACGUCGGUUUUAAGAAGUGAUGUCAAUGAGAUCCCAAACUCAAAUCCGUUUCUUAAAAUUUGUUUUACCCUCAUACUUGUUAUCAAUGACUAGAUGAGACCGCAAAAAUUAUCUUUUACUUUUAAUUUUGUUUCACGGUGUCUGGAUUCAUAACUGUAACCUUGGUUUGUUAGAAACGAGAGUUGGAUUCAAAUAUUCCUAUUCCUUUCCAAAUCUCCAACUACAAAGUAAACGAGGAUUGAGAAGAGACUUCAUUCUACGCAUAGACUUUUCGACAUAUACUUUCAAUUGGAAAAUAACUUCCAGAUCUAUCCAACUUUUUCAAUUGGGAAAUAAAUUCCAAUCAUGUAGCUCAUUCCAGGCAAGGAAAUAACUUUACAUUGCGGUUGGAAAUUUUUUGAAAAUCUGUCAUAAUAUCCCUCGAAGUACCUAAUUAGGGUCUUGAAAGUCUCAAACUGUACAAUUUUCUAGUUUUAGAGAAAAUCAAGAAGUAUCCUGACCAACUUUAGAAAAUUUCCAACUAAACUGAGGUUCCUUGUGAGAGGUCUUCCUAAUAACUUGAGCUCUAUGAAAUUUCAAGUUUUCAGCUUCUCAUGUGGCUCGAGAGAUGCUUUAUCUCUGUGAAAUCAUAGAAGAUUACGGAGAUCGGAGCAAUCCUGAGAAGGUCAACAUCACUUUCGGAAAACUGUUCGGUGUAUACGAGCACAUUUCAGACAAGGUUCGUUAGAAUACUGAAAAUAAUUAUCAAAAGAGACAUUUUUCUUUUGAAGUAAUAUGAAGUAAAAAUAAUUUAAAUUUUUCAAAAGUUCAAUAAAUUAAUUUUUCGCAUCUUUUCUCUUUUUCUGAGAUCAAACUCGUGAUAUCUCACUAUCGUAGCGGUCUUGGAGCUUUUUGAAAAUACUAAUUUAAACAAGAACUAUCAAAUAUAACAUGACGCUGAUUUAUGUUCAUCUUAACUUUUAUUGUCUUAGGACCAUUGAAGGAGUGAAGAUCAACGGUUUCUUUUUGGAAAAUAUGAAUGAACUUCAAAUUUAGACACGAAAAUAUGACCGAUUCAGGUUGUGGGUAUCCUCCUGCGAGCAAGGAAACACGGAAUGGUCGACUUCGAAGGUGAAAUGCUGUUUCAACGACGGGACGACCACGUCGUCAUCUCCCUUCUGCUCCACGGAGAUAAACUCAAAGCGGCCAUUAUUUCACAUCGUGAAGCCAAUCCUUCUUCUUAA